UUCUUUUCUUUGCUUGUAACUUUGAACUAUGUAUGAUGUCUGUGCUGGAUUGGUGACUCAGUUCCUUCACAGUAACACAUACUUAUCAUCAUUUAUAUAUGCCUAUUGAUUUGGAAGGACAAGUGGCUUCAACACUUGCAUUCAUAUCUACUUUCAAGUCCCUUCAAAACUUUCAAAACACAACAUGGGCUAUUGGAAGUCCAAGGUUCUUCCCAAGAUCAAGAAGGUUUUCGAGAAGAAUACCUCCAAGAAAGCUGCUGCUGCUGAGGCCACCAAGUCCUUCGAUGACUCUAAGGAGGAAUACAACAAAGUGUUUGAAGAAAAGAAGACUGAACUUCAAACUAAAGUGGUUGAAAUAUAUGAGGCUUCACCAACUGAAAUCAAGAGUUUGGUUAAAGAACGCAAAGAAGGAGGGCUAAAGAAGAACACCACAGAAGUUCACAAGUUCCUAGAAGAGCUUGUUAAAAUUGAUUUCCCUGGAUCAAAGGCGGCAUCUGAAGCAUCUUCUAAGUUUGGACCAACCUUGGCUUCGAGUUCGGUUUUCUUUGUGUUUGAGAAGGUGUCAACUUUCGUUGUUACAGAAGAGAAAGAAGAGAAGGGUGAAACUAAAACAGAAGAAACAAGUAGUACUGUUGUCCAAGAGAGAGAGAUAGUGGUUGAAGAGGAGAAAAAGGAAGAUGAGAAAGCACAAGUAAUAGAGACAAGUGGCGAGAAAAAGGUGGAAGAACAACCAGCUGAAGCUGCUGCAAAAGAGGAAGAGAAAUCUACUGAAGCAGCUGAGAAAGAAGAAGCAGCAAAGGCUUGAAAAUUUGGUACAGAAAAAGAUGUAGCUGCUUUCUUGAAGGAUGCAGCAGAUAUACUGUACUCUUAGUUUGGAUAUACUGAAAAUUGUGACAUAGCAUUCCCUUAUUCUUUUAUUCCUGUGUAAAAUCGGUUUUGUGGUGCUUAGUUUGAUUUUGCUGCAGAUUUGGUGAUUAGUAUGCAUGUGAAUGUUGUAUGGUGAAUUGUUUUGUAAUUUUCACUUUGAUUUCUCAUUCAAGAAAUUGUAAUAAUAAUUGGUUCAUGGAACCCUUCCUGUA